CUAGACUGGAUGGAGAUGUUCAGUCUGAGUAAGCAAGGUCUUGCAUCUGUAAGCGUCUGUACCACUCAAACUCACUCCAACGCCCAACCACCAAAAAAAGGGAUCACCACCACCACCACCACCACCAACCAUCGCACCACAACACACCACUACUAUACUACCCUAUGAAGAUGACGAUGAAGAUGAAGAUGAAGGAGAAGGCAUGAUGGCCAGAACACCCGGCCCAUUCAAAAUCACCAACUAAACACUUUGUUCUUGUUUUUGGCUGUGGUUGAACCGAACUGAUUGACUGUCUAACUUGGCACUGUCUAACUAUUUACUGUUUAGCUGUCCAACCAACCCGUCUAUCCGCAAUUUGCGAGACCAAGUCUUCAGACAGGAGGUUGUUAUACCAGAUGCUGUGCCACUGCCUAUAGGUGAAUCAAAUUGACCCUGGUCAAAUUACGCUCCUCUCUUUCUUUCCCACUCUACUAGUUCGUGGCUGACUGGCCUUUUCCUUACGAGAGUAUUAAUCUGUUCAACGGAUCAACUGAUUCCCACCAUAUCCAUUGGUGCGUUAGCAGCUUCGGUGCAGCCCGAUUCCCGUCCAUUCGGAAAAUCGAUACAGGGAAUCAGGAAUCAGCCAAGGCUAGAGCACAGAUUCAUAAUCCAGGAUUUAUCUUGCCUCUUCGCUUCACAUUACCUCACAUUAUUGACGAAUCAUUAUAUCAUCUCGACUGGGCGCCUUCCCGAGUGCACUGUAAUAUUGAGCAAAAGAUCCUCAGCGCGUCAGCACAAGUUUGUAAGGCUAAUGCUCCCUCGAUUACUCCCUGCCCCAUCCACUCUCUUAUGAAUAUGACAUUACUUCGAGCAAUCCUUUCACGUUCGAUGGAGAAAGCUAUGUAAUAGAGCUUAGAAUGCAUGGUGCACAGUGCACAACGUCCUUCAUCCGAUUGUCCCAAACCAUGGCCGGCGUCGUAUCUAUCUAAAGAAAUUUGUCAUUUGACUACUUGCUUUUCUUAUUUCUCCAUUGUACAGUAUAUAUUUCAGAUGGUGUGCAGUCCGUACCUAGAUCACAGGGCUAUCUGCUGCAUACGCCCCAGUCUAUCACGUUCCUUACCUUUUAUACAGAGAAAAUAUGUAAGCAGUGAUCUCUUAUCAUCAGGCUUCAAGUUCUCGAAAAUUUUCUGGAAUGCUGAUGAUUCCUGCGACAUAGACUUCAUUGGUAGAACAUAUCUUUCAUGCGCUUUCGCCGGUUUGAAUUUGGAAUUUACAAGACCACUGUCUGAGGUUAGGAGAACGGAUGGACAGGUCAUCGUCUGCAGCCCCAGCAAAACAGUGGCAUUGGUAGUGCUGUGAUGGAUGCUCGAUCAAGGGAGCCCCCUCAAUCGCAUCGAUCAGGUAUUAAACGUCAUUGGGGUGACGAUACGAAAAUACCAGCACAAGGAGAUGGGAGUGGUAAUGGUUGGCAUGGUGGAACAUUACCACCAAUUGAAGCUGUAGCAUUUCCGCGACAUCCAGUAUCAGACAAUCCAGACAACUGGCGGGUAAAGAGCGACCAUUAUACCCGGAAUGGAGGAAAUUCAGUAGUGAAAAGGUCGCGCUACGAAGGCAGUGAUUACAAUGGAGAGCCAAGGGUGGUUCCGGACGCGCUUGGGAAGAUGCCCCCGUCACAGGCACAUUGUAGGUGUCAAGGACAGUCUAGAAAGAACGCCACGUUUAAUCACUAACUCAAGCCUUACUCUUUAGAUCCAACUAAAUAUGAUCAUGAUCGGACGAUUCACAAUACUUCCACUCUUGGGCAACAUCCCCGGUUGACCGUAAAUGAUCCGGUGAACUCACCCCAAGAUAUGUCUAAUAUAUGUCGUCAAUGCAGGCGGCAGGUUGUGUUUGAUCACGAAUCUUUACCAGAAUGCUGCGAGCAUUGCCAGAAGAACCCUGAACUUGCCCUUGUUGCGCAGGCUUGCAGCAUUGGGCUUACUCAGCUAGCGGAGACUCUCCGUUCGGGUAUAGAUUCCGAGAAGCGUGGUAUCAAUCCAGUAAGUAUCAAUAAAGCGCUUUGGUUUUGUUACCAAUGGAGACUAUUUUGUUCAUACUUGUAUGUGGUCCUUAGAAUCGUGCUUACAGAAUACUAGGCCCACUCAAAGCUACGCUUUCUUCCUUCUGGUGACCCACCUCCAAUUAUCGACUUUGGGCUGAAACAGACUCUCCACUGGAUAGUCACCAAGAUCAAUAAGGUUAAUGAGCUUGCCGAUAAGUUUGUGCAACAGGUUCCUCCUAGUACCUCAAAAGCCUCUUUCAAUAAGGAUGUUCUCAAUACGAUCAAUGGCGGGACCCAAUACGGUUCUUUAGACAUCAUGAAACGACGUAUCGAUGAUGACCACCAGAGAUUUAUGUUGAAUAACCUGGAUGGUUCUGAUUCUAGAAUGCACCAAAGGCGCAGGUCUGUAGCUAAAUCAGUUAGCGAAGAACUUCCUCCUAUCAGAACUCAAUCUCCAUAUCACCAUAUCCCUUUGCCCGUCGACAACACGAGCGACAGGCUUCCAAGUAUGAAUCAUCCACCUGGACCGGCUCGACAAUUACCAUCUCCACCAGGACGAGCUUUUCCGUCUCCGACGUCAGCCAAUUUCUCACCUCCUUCGGAGUCGGCAUCACAUACGGGUUCGUCUGGGGCCCCGUCUCAGCCAUUAAGCCUUCACGCUUCUAGCAACGUCCUACGCCCUAUCACAAACGAGCAAUUAUCGGACAGUGCAUUGCGCAUGCAUACAGCGGCGCUCCAACACGAGGUCUCCAUACAAAAAAUCGCGUUAUCAUCGCUGCAGGGCGAGCACGAUAAGCUCCUUGCUGCUCUCUCACGCUCGCAAAGCCGAGCGAGCGCUCUUGAGAAAAAGCACCAGGUUUCCGACAUCGAGAUUUUCAGCCUCACUGAAGAGAAAGCGCGAUUAAAUGCCCAAGUUCUCGAAUUAGAGGGAGAUAUCGAGGAUCUUUCGAAAAGUAGGGAUACCUACCGGCAAGCAGCGGUACAAGAAGGGGCACAGUACGUCGAGAUUGUGAAGAUGGCUAGUCAACUGGAAGAAAAGACUGGGGAAGAGAGAAAGAACUGGAACAAAAUGAAACUUGAGAUGGAAAGAAGGAUUGAAGAAUUAAGCACGGAGAUCAAGACCCAUAUGCAAGACUCUAGCACAACCUCGCGCAUGCCGGCAGGAAUCGGAAGAAACAUAACAUCAUUUAACGAGGACAAUAAACAUGAAGGAUUGACUGGUAUUACAUCAGUAGAACCGACCAGCAGCAGGCAGCUGGGUGCAAAAGACGACCUGGUAGAUGCUCUUAGAGCAGAGAUCGAGCGCCUGCGAGAGCGUUGCGAAGAAGUUGAAGCCGUCUUGAGAGCGGUAAGGCAAGAAAGUCGAUUAAUGGAAAGUAUCGUUGAAGCGUUGGGCAGAACUGGAAGAGAUAUUCUACAAAAGGUUGAAAGUGUGUCUCUAAGUCCUAAAAUACAUCCCGAAUCGCAAUCGAGCCUACGACCCGAGCUAGACGAGGAGCGCGUAUUACUGGAAGAAUAAACCCUUACACGAUAUACAAUAUAGGAUGUCGUUGUGUAUGAUGUGUCUGCCUACGCAGGAACGGGGCGGAUGAUAGCACCUAGUCAUUGCAGGAGUAGAGGAGGUUUCGUUCAAAGACAUGAGUGUUCGGGUGGUGUUGUGGAUUUGUGCAUGGAAAGAUCUAGGCGAUUCACUGUGUCCUUAUAGAAGAAACUUUCCCAGGAUUAUUAGAUAUAUUCGAUCUAGAUGUUAAAUGAUGGUUUUGAUAUUCGGCAAUCAUCAAGUCGACAAGUAACGUAGCCUACGUGGAUAUAGAAGAUUCGGGAAUUACAUUGUAUCGGAUGUAUCUGUCGUAGAGAAGUUCUAAAGAUUUGUUCGAAUAUAAAUAUCUGACUAAUAAGACUUUUUCUACUGCUUAUUCAUUCGAUAUAGCCACCUACGAGUAAUGAAAUAUAAUCAAGUAUUAUAAGC